AUGGCGUUGCCAAGAUUCCAGAGGAUGACGAUCGAGCCGAAGGAGACAGUGCUGAUGAUGAUCAAGAUGGAGAAGAUGGAGUUCAUCCCGAACCGGAAGAUCGCUAAGUUUAGGAACUUGGAUUCGGAGAUGAUAUUUGAAGACUUACGACCGCUGAAAGUGACCACCUUGCCGGUCUGGUUGAUCAUCGAAUUGAAGCUGAAGAAAUUGGGCAAAGUCGUCCUGCCCGCUUGGUUAUCGUUGCUCGAAUUAAAGAAACUCCUUCACUUCGAAGUCAAUUCUCCGCAACUCUCGGAAUUACCCUACUUCUGGUUCGAGCUCUCGAAAUUGUUGAUCGAAAUUGCGGCUGAGGACAUCGAUUCGUUGGAAGAGGUCAAGAAGACCCUGAAGGACUUGAAGGAAGUACGACAGAACAAGCUACGAUCCAGUUUGAAAUACAAUCUGAGCAACCAGAGCCAACAAGCUCAACAGAGCCGGGACUACAACUUCAAGAACUUUCUCAACCAUCUCGAGAUCCCGAACCUGUCCCACUUCGAAUUGAACGAAAUCCGGUCCACCCUGACAAUUUUGAACUCGAAGUUACAGAAAUUCGACAACAGCAGUAAUAACGAUGAGUCCAAUCAACAAGCUUCGACUAGUUUCUCAGGUUCUCAUGCCCGACCUCAAGAUUAUUCCUCCCUCGACGCACAAACCCAUUCCCAGUUCCAGUUCUAUUCCGAACCUAAUCAACCUCCACACCAGCCCCCACAAGGUCAACCCUCAACAACAAACCAGCUGGGAGGCCUACAAGAGGAUAUUUGA